AUGCCUUCCUCGCCCAAACCCAUUCCCAGUCCGAUGAUCACCUCCUCCUCGACUGCGACUUUGCGCCAACCAGGCUUAUCAACGCCGACAGUGGGCAGACCUCGCGGUCUCUCUACGUCUUCGCUCCAAGCCUCAAUGUCUAAAUUCGCUGGUGGACUUUCCCCUCCAACCAAUUUCUCGCCACUUGGACUAAUCGACGAAGAUAAUGAUAGUAGCCCAGCUUCUUCUUUCCUCACUCGGACGCGUUCAAAGUCGCAAUACUCCCCAGCAAUGUUCUACUCUCCUCGUCUCGCUGGUCAAUCUGUCGAACAGGACUCGCCAGUCCCAACUUCUUGGUGGCGAUUCGAAAGAGAACCUCCCAAACGCCAGUCCACGAUCCCUGUGGAACAAACAGACAGUUGGGCACAUACGCGCAAGGCGAGUUUUCGUGUAUCUGCCGCUGCUGCCCGAGUUCUUGGAGCGUCGCUUCCGGCCGCGCACGAAGCCCUACGUCUGACUUCAGAGUUUUUAGAUGCAGUUCCAGUCCCCAUUCCAGGAUUGCAGCAGGCCGCAAAGAUUUUGUUGACCAUUUGGGACAGCGUCCAAGGGGUCGAUAUAAACCGUAUGGCGUGCCUUCGUCUGACGGAAAGAUGCGCGGAGAUUUUGCUUUCGGUGCGGCAAGAGGUCGAAGAUGCGGGAGCAGAGGUCGUUGCAGAGCUCAAGACACCGAUUGAGAAACUUGUGGAAGCCUUCACGAAGGUGCAAACUUUCAUGCUCAAGCAGGCUCAUCGUCCUUUCCUCAAACGAUAUCUGCGGCGAGAAGAAAUUAUCAGAGACAUUGGUGGGUGCGACAAAGGCUUAACGGACGCGCUAAGCAUGUUUGGAUUUUCCAUCCAAAUUCGAAUAUUAAAGCAAGUCGAGGCCGCUGAACAUAAUCGCCAGGCUGAUGCUAGAGCCCUUCUCGAUGCUGUUGUCCGCUCUCAACAACAUAUGCCUCCUGUCCCUUCGAAUACCCUUCAAGGUCUUGGUAUCACCUUCCCCAAAGACACACCCGGUCUUCCUCCCAGCUCAUCUCACAAAUCACUGAGUAACGAGGGGGCGAUCCAUCCUGACGCAGUUCUCCCAGCAUUACAGAGCCUACAUCAUGCUCAAAAUGCCAUCGAUCUAGCGCAAGACACCGCAGACCUCAGAGCGUUGAUGCACGACGCCGUUGGUCAGAGUAGUGAUGCGGAGAUGAUACGUGUCCUCCAGGUUGGUCGAGAUGAGUACCCAGAAGCACUCAAGACUCUCCAACGUGCGCUAGAGCGAGUCAGCGCCAUGAGCAAUGCCAGUCCAUCGAUGCCAGAGAUCACUGCCUUACCAACAAAUCUCGCACCUGAAAGCAUCGAGCGCUCCAUUUCGGCUUCGAGCUCUGGCAGCAGUGCAAUUGGUUUAAACAGUAACGUUGGACGCGAUGUGCUCGACCGAGAGUUCAUUGAGAGCGGUAUUGAUGCUCUCCGUCGACUGAGCAAGGGAAGUGACAUGGGGCUCCCAAGUUGGACCAUUACAAGAUACGAAGUAGAUCGUGAUGUCAGGAUCGGAAUCGGCUUUUUCUCUAACGUUUAUCGUGGUCGAUGGCGUAACCGAGUCGUUGCUAUCAAGAUUCUCGCGGAAUGCACCCCACAGGAACUCUUCGUCAAAGAAGUUGCCAUCUGGAAAGAGUUCAAGCAUCCUAAUGUCUUGGAGCUGUAUGGUGCAAGUGCUGUCAACGGGGACGGACCGUACUUCUUCGUCUGUCCCUACGAAAAGUAUGGGUGUCUGAGCGAAUUCUUGCGGAAACUCGCGCAUCAUCAGAGCGAGGGCAGCAAUGUUCGCAGCCGGCACGCGAGUCUUCCUGAAGGGAGCCCCGGGGGCAGCGUCAUUCGUCCAUCGAUACGCUCGAAGCACGUGAGCGCGAAUAUGAAUAUGUUUGCACUUUUGGCGGGCCAGGACACGGAUUUACUGCGAUUCAUGCAUGAAAUCGGGAGAGGCAUGGAGUAUCUGCAUGACAAAGGUGUUCUUCAUGGCGAUCUCAAGGCUGCAAACAUUCUAGUGGACGAUCACAUUCACUGUUUGGUUGCUGAUUUCGGACAGAGUGAGAUGAAGUCCGAAGUCUUUCGGAUUAGUGGGACCUCGCCACCAACCCGCAAGUACUAUGGCACCUUACGGUGGCAAGCACCUGAACUCAUGCUAGGACACGGUCAAAUGACAACUGCGAUGGAUGUCUACAGUUUCGCUAUGUGCUGCGUCGAAAUCUUGACGAUGGGGAAAAUGCCCUGGCCUUUCGCCAACGACGAGGACGUUCGACACUUGGUUUUGAAGGAGCACUCUCGACCAGUGAUCCCCCCCUCACGUUACAACACGGCAGGUCUCCAGAAUCUCCUGCAACUUUGCUGGGACCAGGACCCUUCUGUUCGACCUGAUUUUUCCCGCAUCGUGCAAGAUUUAAAGCUCCUACGUAAACACUUUCGUGGUCCAACCCCAAGUCGGGACAUUCCUUCGCCUCGGUUCCGGCAGAAAAUUGAUGAAGAUGACGUCUACAUAUCGCGGCCGUCUCCCGACAUGCAUCCUAUGGCUUUUCCUGGUGAACCACAACCUUACCGCACGCUUGGCUCAUUGUCAGGCACCUUACCACUGAACGGUUUGAGCUCGUAUUUCCAACCUAUCCAAGAGGCAUCUCUUUCUGCUGAAGGCUCUGCGUCUGACGCGUCUUCGGAUUCUUUGAUUCAAACGUCGUUAUCGUUCCAAGAAGACACUGUUGCCACGCCUCGCACGCACAUGACCCAAGUCGUUUUCACACCAUCGAAACGGCCUUCGACCCUUCAUCCAACUUCCGCAACACAACCAAACCCCUCCGACGAAGAUCUGAGCAACCUGCUGCUAAUCAAUCGGGAUGGGAACGCGUCACCUCCGCCUGUUGAUGAGCGGAGAGCUAAAUUUAGAAACGAACGGCGGUACCGACUUCUGUUGUCGCACGAGUUCCAUCCUUCUCUGACGCUUCCGCUGUGGAAGCCUUCGCCGAUAAGUGUUGGUGCGGUUGGGUAUCUGAGCAAGCCAGAGGGCACUUUUGUGACGAUCCUGAACUGUUUCUCUCCGGACAAGUCGGCGGAAGGCGAUCUUCGUGGAUUACCUUCGAUUCAUGGGUAUGGCAAGGUUGCGGUGGGGGGUCAUCGACAAGACAAGCGGAAUGCUGCGAAGCGUGGGUUUGAUGCUAUUGCCGGGCUGUUGACGUUCAAGCGGGGGAGCGAGGGGUCGUCUGUCUCACAAAGCGUCAGUCGACGAUAUUCGUACCCACUGCGUUCUGGGCACAAGACGGCCUAUCUUUGCACUGAAACGACGAUGUACCGCUACAUCGAGAAGCUGGACGCGCCGAAGAAGUGGUUCAAGGCCAAUGUCGACUCGAUCAUGGAGACUUAUGGACCGAUGCACAACAUUCAGAAGGAGGACUUGUUUUUGGUCAUUGGGACACUCAGCGCGCCGGAUUACGCGCUGUUUGUAAGCCAUAGACAUUCUGACGGACAAGCGCAUUUCAACGUGUUUUCUUCAAGCAAACCUGGGCAACUCUGGGGUACAUUUACGACUGACACGGGGUCAGAGCUUGGAGGCCCGUCAUACCAUGAACCGGUCAUCGACAACCCACAGUCUGCCAGCAAGGUGUCGUCUACCAGCAGCAGUACUGGUAACCACACCUGGGACACUGUGUUGGUUGCUCGCCUGAGGUUUAAGCCAGAUGCAACGGAGCCAACGUCACUGUAA